AUGGGUUUGUCUGUUCCUUUGGCCGUUGAUGCCAUCUUACCACUUCCUGGGGGACUGCCCUGUCGAUCAGUCGUUGCUAAUGGCGAUUCACUCGUUACGGGGAACGAUGGGGGUUACAUAAACUUCAUCUCUGUGGCCAGCGGAUCCUUUGAGCUCACAUCGUGUCUGGCUAAGGUCGAAGCGGCGGACUCAAAGAGGCAUUGCGUUGUCGCUGCCGGAGACUCCAAUGGAAAAGUUCACAUCUUUGACUUAAAAUCAGGGUCAACCCUUGUGACGUAUGAAGUUGGACACGAAGAAUCUCCUAAGCCGACGAUUGUUUGGACACUAGCCUUUGUAGGGAGCGCCCUGUUUUCGGGUGACAGCCGAGGCACCGUUAGUGUUUGGGACGUUGAAGUUGGAGGCAUAGUUUCAAGCUUUAGAAGUCAUGCUGCGGAUGUCCUGGCCCUUGCAGUCAGCAUGGAUAACCAAUCAGUGUUUGCCGCUGGUGCAGAUCCAGUCAUUCAUCGUUUCGAUUUAUGCCAAACUGAGAAUAUAGCUCAGUGGCAACCAAGCGGAGUCAUACGUGGCUCUCAGCGUGAUAUACGAGGCUUGGUUUUUGUCCAGCGCGGUGAAGCAGGUGACCUUAGAUCCUUUAGUGGAGAUAUGGAUCAUCUCUUGGCAGUGGGCAACGAAGCUCGGCUGCAGAUUCUCCCAUGUCCCAGAUCGGAUUUUGGCGACAAGCCCCCUGUGUCUCGACGUGGGCAAAAGGGUUUUGUCCUUAAGGUUCCCCCUCCAAUUUGCCUACCAUUUUGGCCCCUCACAGUCACUCCAACUUUGCCAUUAGCCGUUCAUUUCGCUCAGGAAACGUUUAAGUCGACAGACAGCACCCCUGCUCGACUUUGUUUAAUGCAACAUGCCGACUAUGUUUCACUGUACCGAUUGCCUCCGAGGCCAAAACGAAUAUUUGAGGUAAAGAAGACACCGCGAUAUUUUCUCAAACUUGCACAUAUUCAACCAAAGCUGGGUAAUCAUAUCAGGACCUGUUGUAUUUCGCCUUGUGGAAAGUUUAUUGCCUACUCGGAUGAGAUUCGGUCUCGGGUCUUAAAAGUUGAGCAUCCAGUAAGCGUUCGACUGUUUUUGCCAACGUAUUUGAUUCUGUCCUCGAAAUUAUAUAAAUUUAAAUACAAAUAUAUUCAGAAAUCGUGGAAAUUCAACCCUAAUGAACCAGCUCCAUUAACGACCCUCUCCCGCCUUGCUUGGGUUAAAGCCGGACGAAGAGGUAUUCAAAGCAGAACUUCCUCUACUUCCUCUGACGCAGACAAUACUGACUCCGAAGACGGCCACUCCCUUUUCCUUUCCCUGGACCAAUCGUCUGCUGACCUCUUUGUCACCAACGAAGUUAACAGUUUUGAUGAACAGUUGCUGCCCAGAAAGCGGAAAGCAGCGACUGCCAUCGGAGACCAUCAAACUACCGAUGAUCAAGCAGUUGAAUCUUCGAAUAUUCCUUCCUCCUGUCUAAUGGCUUUUACCCCGAAUUCCAGUUGCUUGGUUAGCGUGGAUGAAGCAACGAUGCAGAUAACCUGCCGUAGACUUGAUUCUGGUGUUGAGAUGUGGCGUUUUACUCCGGGAAAGGAAAACUUCAAAGACGAGUGUAUAACACUUCUCACAAUGGCCUGUCGAGAUGGUCGAGUUCUGGUCCAUGCAUUCAAUGAUAACUCCAGUAAAGGCCAGCGACAUCUCUUUACUUGUCCAAAAGUAGCUGAUCCCGUUCGACCCCGUCAUCACCCGCGCCCUGUGUCGAUCGCUCUGCGGGUAGAGGAGGGUGACGAAACUGUCACUGCUUGCGUCACCGUCCUCUAUACAACUGGACAAAUCAUUGAAUGGGCCAUUCCUCUUCAGGUAGUGAAGCCUGACGCAGACGCCGAAGUCGUCAUGGUGGGCAGCCCACAAACUGAUUCGUGGUUGGAUGAGUUUUGGCAGCGCCACAGCACCUCAUGGCGAAAGUGCAUGCCUCGUUUCCACUCCAUGGACUAUUUGCCUGGAGGCCAUGUAAUUAUACUGGCCUCUCGGGGGUUCUGCCUCGCCCUCGACCGGCGUGAGCAAAUAAGGGAUAACGAUAUUCAAGUAGCCUUCCUCGAUCGGAACUGGAAAGGUCCAGAUGGUUGCCUCAACGUUUUCUAUCGGACAAAAACCAUGUUGCAAUGCACAGUGUUGGCCGAUCGAAUCGCUGCACUGAGAAUGGAUGCCAAGCCAGCUAUUGCAAAUUUGCCAGCGCCUUUGCUAAGGAAACGAUUCGGAACCUGA